AUGGCCUCAAACUCAAUCCAGAAUAACAAUAACAGCAGCAGCAGCAUCAACAACAAUCUCCAAGCUCUCAGCAACUUUUCUGGUUUCAUGCAAUCUGCUUCCUCCAAUUUCGUUUCUCUAUUCAAUUUCAACCUCAACAGCAACGCCAAGACUUGGACGACCUCACCACCAUCUGGUUCUCUCUCUAUUACAUCGUCUUCUUCGUCAGUCAUAUGUUUGCCUUUCCUAUUACCCGAUGUCCCGCGGCCACCAAUUCCUUCUCUGUUCAAUACGCCUCCUGCCGCCUCUGCUUCCACCUCCUCCGACCAAAGCAGUUCCCUUUCAUCUUCAUCAACAUCGGCAAUCAAGGGCAUGUCACCGGCAUCGGGGUUCCCUUCAACUGUUAGGGUCGCUGGUCUCAAUUCAAGCGUAAAGGGAGGUGGACCUGCUUUCGUGGGUCAGGUCUUCAGCAUGUGUGAUCUUUCCGGUACUGGCCUCAUGGCUGUCUCAACUCGCCUCGAAAUUCCCUUCCUUUCCAAAAGAACUCCUCAGUGGAUUAAAAAUAUGUUUGCAAUGGUUACCAAGAAUGAGAAGGAUGGUCCUGUGUUUCGCUUUUUCAUGGAUUUAGGUGAUGCAGUUUCAUAUGUUAAACGGCUGAACAUUCCAACUGGUGUUGUGGGUGCUUGUCGUCUGGAUUUAGCAUAUGAACACUUCAAGGAAAAAUCCCACAUGUUUGAAUUUGUUCCAAAUGAAAAGCAGGUCAAGGCAGCCAAUAAACUUCUUAAGAGAAACCAAGAGAAGAAUAGAAGACAGAUCAAUGGUGUUCCUGUUUUCACUGCACAAAACUUAGACAUUGCAAUAGCAACAACUGAUGGAAUUAAGUGGUAUACACCAUACUUCUUUGAUAAAAACAUGCUAGACAGCAUCCUCGAAGAGUCUGUUGACCAGCAUUUCCACACAUUAAUACAGAAUAGACACAUGCAUCGGCGACGGGAUGUGAUUGAUGAUAACAUAGCAGCAGAAGUGGUCGAGGAGAGUGGGGAUAGCCUAUGGGAACCUUCAGAGGUUCAAGAAAUGCUGGAUGAAAUGGGCCAUCCUGGAAUACCUUUAAGUGUCAUAUCAAAGGCUGCUGAAAUGCAACUUCUUUACACUGUUGACAAAGUACUCUUGGGAAAUCGGUGGUUGCGGAAAGCCACCGGUAUUCAACCAAAAUUUCCAUAUAUGGUUGACUCAUUUGAAGAAAGGAGUGCAGCUUCUUUUAUGCGCAUGACAGAAAAUGUCAAUGAGGGACAGCAAUGGCACCUUAGCAAUUCAAAACUCAAUGAAAAUGAGAACACUCCAGACAGUCAAGGCGAGCAUAUUAGGCGUAAAGAUUUUAGGUUUCCUUUUGGGGAUUGGUUUGCAAAUCCAUGGUCAAAACAGCAGAUGUCAGAUAACCAGAUGAAAACAGAUUCAAGAAGGGAAGGCUCAAGUGGGGAAUGUGUUGAGGAAGAGUCUCUGCUGAAUCCUCUUCUUCCAAAGAUCACAAUGGUCGGCAUCUCAACGGGGGGAGAGGCAGGGCAGAUGAGUAGAACCAGCUUGAAGAGGACAAUGGAGGACCUGACGCAUGAAUUGGAGCAGACAGGUCAGAAAAGCAAUGGUUCUUAUAGAAGUGAAGAUAGGGAUCCUCUAUUUGUAGCAAAUGUUGGUGAUUACUACGGCAUGGCUAAGACAAGCUCCGGUAGACGGGUACAUGGGUCAAACUACUGACAAGCCCAUCAAUAAGUCUGUCAAAGAUAUAAGUUAGAACUAAGGAUGCAUAGUCUAACAACUUUGCAUUCGUCGGGAAUUAUCAUUUUGUUGUAAAUUUUGAUAGGAGGAGAAUACCAGUAUUCAGGGUAGUGUUACUAGUGUUUUAUUCCCUUCUGGUUUGUCCAAUCAGUGUUAGAAAGGGAAGUCAAUUCAUCGGCAGUGAAGGUUGAUCCAGCUCUGGCUGAUCUUCUCCUUGUAGUAUUGGUUGAAUAUUUGUAGAAACUAGAAAGCAUAUUUGAGUUUUUGUGCGGUA